AUGGGCUCCGCCUUCUCCGCGCCUGUAAUUAACGACGUCUCGACCUGCCUCGAGGGCGCGCCGUCUUACAAAAAUUCUCAGCAUGCGCCAGAGCUUCCAGAAAACUUCAAGAAGGCGAUCAUCAAGCACUACCCACACCUCAAGCCCGUGGUUGUGCCCGGCGGCCACCUGGAGGAUGUGUUUGCCGCCGCAAAGAAGGCGACCGAGCAGCUGAGAGGGGCGCGGAUAGUGUAUGAGGAUGAACAUGGCGGGGUGCUGGAGCUGGUGGACGUCACGCCACUGCUGAAGUUCAAGGACGACGUCGUGAUCAGGGUGCAGCAGAAAGGCGGCGACGUGGUGGUGGAUGUGCGGUCGGCGUCACGGCUUGGGAAGGGGGACCUUGGGGCCAAUGCCGCGCGGAUAGCAAAGUACCUGGCGGCGCUACGGGCAUUGCUAGGGCAAAGCAACGACAGUUGA